CUAAUUCACAUUUCGUUGCUGCACAUUGAAGCGGGGGGUUGAACGGCGCAAUGCAACGCACAGUCCGGUUGAACAAGGAACUGCCGCUCCUGGCCUCGCAGCCGCCGCCUGGCAUCUCCUGCUGGCAAAAGAAUCCAGACCGCAUCGACCUUCUUGAAGCGAAUAUCACAGGCCCUGAAGGCACUCCUUAUGCAUCGGGUGUGUUCAAGCUGGAGCUUGAAAUCCCAGACAGGUACCCGUUUGAAGUUCCGCAGACGCGAUUUGUCACCCCAGUGCAUCAUCCCAAUAUUGAUUCUGCCGGGCGUAUCUGUCUAGACCUGCUCAAGCCGUAUCCGAAGGGCUCCUGGAGGGCAUGUCACAACAUUGCAAUGCUGCUUUCAUCAGUCCAAAUGCUGCUCGCCGAGCCCAAUCCCGACGAUGCUCUUGUUGCUGAAAUUGCACACCAGUUCCAGUUCAAUCGAGCUGCCUUCGAUGCGACAGCCAAGGCCAUGACCCUGAAGCAUGCCCGGAGCUCUGCGGUGUCCUCCUCUUCUUCUUCUUCUUCGUCGUCGUCUGCUGCUGCGCCAUAGCGUCUGUUGCUCUUGCGCAAUGUUUCCUUCCGUCCUGGAAUGGUGUAAAAUACAGUAUCAUAGGAACGCU